CACAAAAGAAAAGUUUGGUGUAUAGAGGAGAUAUGUGCAGAAAAGGGAUCCAUGUACUUCUGCUUGACCUAAAUGUACGCUUUACAUCUACAGCUUCUCUAGUAGACCAUAUUUUGGAGUAAGGAUCAGAACAAAAUAGAAGAAAAAUGGAUCGCAGACCAUCAAAAAACUCAAACACUCCACUCUAACUAUUGGAAGAAACCCUCCACAUCUAUAAAAAUGCGUGCAAUCUUUAUUCUUAUGAUAGCAUUAUGUGUUCUUUUCCAAGUCGGUGUUUUGGCUGGAAAACAUCCUAAGAAAGAUGAUGAUACUUCUGACCCCUCUGGUGAUGAUAAUGAACACUUCUCUGACGAUUCUCAGCAUGCCGACACUAACCAUGAUCACAAUAAGCAUGAUAAUAAUGAUGACGAUGCGGUUAUUUGCUCUAACACUAUCAAAGCAUGUGUCAGUGAUAUCGUUGUUCUCACCGAAAAACUCAAGGCUGUUAGAGGAGAUGUCAAUGGCUUCAAGGCUGAGGAUGGAUUCUUGGCUGCCUAUGCUCUCCACAGUAAAAUAAAGGAGAUCGAAGACGCUAUCUACAAAUCUCGUUAUGAUUGCUGUGCCAUACCUAGAAAACUUGAUAAUGCUGAAACCGAAGUAUUGCUCGAUCUAGAACAACCUCUUUUGAUUGAAGUCAAGCUCAUCCUAAAUACUUUGUUGCUGAAGAAGCCUGAACUUCAACAAGUUUUAAUGGCAGGUAGUAUUUUGAGAAAUGACCUCCGAAAUAUUCAAGCCUUGUUCAAUCCACUCGGCGUUUGUUUGAUUGAGAAAGUUUCUGAUGAUAAGAAGGCUAUUGAGAAGAAAACUAUUGCUGCAUUGGAUAGUCUAUUCUCGGCUGCAAUUAACGCCUGCUAAGAAUGUCUUUCUUCACAUCUUACGUUAUAUAAUUAUAUAAUUUAUUCACACUUUUGUGGUUAUUCAAAAAUUUACAAGCGUCUGCUUUAGAGUAAACUCUAUUUCUUUUGUGUUUGAAAGCACAAAAUAAAA